AUGCCAGAGAGACGUCUGACACGUCUUCUCAAGGCCAAGUUGCUGCGACGAUCAUCGACACCAGCGGUACCAGAUCCGGGCAACGGGGCGGACCCGCGUGUCCACCCAAACUUGAAUUCAACCUCUGGAAUCUCUGGGACCCCCCAUCUUUUCGACUCCGCGAGCGAGAAGUCUCCAUACAGCGUCGUUUCCUCUGCCGCCCAAUCCUCCGACGAUACCGCCUCGGGCCAGGACGUGCAGGAGAGUCCACGACACACCCAACGCCACCGGGGCCAGUUUUGCAAUCCAUCCCCGCGGCAGUCCGACCAGCAUCUUCAUCAUCAUCCAUCGUCGGAGAAUCUAGUCAACACCCCUCCAACGACCGAACCGAAAUCCUCGCCGCUACCUACCCCUCUCUCCGACGAGCCCACUUACCCCCUUGAUUUGUCGAUACCGACACCCCAGCAUUCCGACGAUACCUCCCUGCAGGUCGCGCAAGUCAAAGUUCGCACGCCAAGUCUGACCGAGUAUCAAUUGACACCGACAUUAGAAACCGUCGUCGAAGCAGUACUAGACGAUCACAGGCCAUCUGUUUCGUUCUUUCCACCCCAAUCCAGCAAGCGACCUUCCCUUGCUAGUCGGCGACAGUCCCUGCUUCCCGCUUCCCAGCAGCACUUAAUCAGUGGGCUGCUAGAACAGAGUCUCUUUGCUUCACCAAGUGACCACGGCAGCAGUCGCGUCCCCGUAACUGCUGCCAAUAUGGUUACUCGUCGUAUUUGGGUGAAACGGCCGGGUGGCUCGGCCACCCUGGUGCCAUGUUUGGAAGACGCAGUGGUUGAUGAGUUGCGCGAUCAAGUCAUCAUGAAAUACGGAAACUCACUAGGGAGAACCUUCGAUUCCCCAGAUAUUGUGAUUAGAAUCGUAGCGCGCGAAGCUUCAACCCGGCUCACGACCACAGACCGGCUACUGAGUCCCGAAGAAGUUUUGGCAUCUGUGCUGGAUUCAUAUUAUCCUGACGGUCAAUCAAUCGAAGAGGCAUUACUGAUUGAGGCACCUUCACGUCGGACACCAAAGCCCUCGCCUCGACCCACUGGUGGUUAUCACCACCAUCACCCCGAGCCUGGUGAGCAUGGCGAAUAUUUCCCUCUUAUGCCUGCCAAUACGAAGGCUCCUACGCCACCCACCCAUUCUUCCAGUUCUGGUGGAACAAAUCCCCAAUCGAUCUCUAUCUUAACAAACGGAGUCGCUCCUGCAAUCCCAUCACCGGGCGGCCGGCCUCGUCGUCAUCAACCAUCGCUUCAUCGACCACCCCUGCAACGACACACGACUAAUUCGCCCACAAUGCUUGGCCAAGUCCCUACUGUGACAGAAACCGGCGUUUCCCCUCAUUCUCAGCCUCCCCCAACCAUACCGCCCCAGAACGUGCCAACCCCACCAGCAACUGUGGCCGAAUCUCCUCAAGCAAAGUCCCAUACUCCUCCAGCACCUAUCGCAUCGCCAAGAUCUUUGCGGAAGUCCAAAGCAGCAGUAUCGCCAGGUGCGGCUUUUGGUGGAUUAAUUGACGGAACCGUGCCACCGAUUAACGUCCUGAUCGUGGAGGACAAUAUCAUCAACCAGAAGUUGCUAGAAGCCUUCAUGAAACGCCUCAGCGUGCGGUGGAAGUGUGCAGCUAACGGAGAAGAGGCUGUUCGGAAAUGGCGUCAAGGCGGAUUUCACUUGGUUCUUAUGGAUAUUCAACUGCCUGUUAUGAACGGUUUGGAUGCGACCAAAGAGAUUCGUCGAUUGGAGCGACUGAAUGGCAUUGGCGUCUUUUCUAAAACAGCAUCUGGUCGGUCCAGUGCUUCAAGCGCCAAUGAAAAACGUCCUGGUCUCUAUCGCUCUGUCAGCGAGGAAGACACCCUGAGCGAUCUUUCAUUAUUCCGGAGCCCUGUCAUUAUUGUCGCAUUAACAGCUAGCAGUUUGCAAAGUGACCGUCAUGAAGCAUUGGCUGCGGGAUGCAAUGAUUUCUUGACCAAGCCCGUUGGUUUCCCUUGGCUUGAGCAAAAAGUAACCGAAUGGGGUUGCAUGCAAGCCCUUAUUGACUUUGAGGGUUGGCGCAAAUGGCGUGGCUUCAUGGACUCCCCCCGAUCCCUGUCUCCUAGCAUCCAAACCGCAGCCAGCCCUAUGCAAACUGGUAGUCGCGAAUCUGUCGCCCAACCAGAAGUUUCAUCACCUUCGGUAUCGCGAACUAAAUCCAAGCCGAAAGGCCUCAAGCCGCCUAAUUUGCCCGAUGCCGAUGAAAUCAUGAGGCAAAAUUCAUGGGGCAGCGGUACGGGCGGUUCAGCAACCAGUUAUGACGCAAGUCCAGCUGAGGCUGAAUUCAAAUCCAGUGAACCUUCACCUGGUUCAGCGAACGAAUCAUGA